GGGCUCGAGUUGGAAACCACAAACCCUCGUUGGCCCCACAGGAGCCAGCCUCUGGCUUCCCUCUGCAAUGGCCAUGUGCUGCAGACCCGGAGUGGGUAGUUAGUUGGUUAAUGCCAGUCUUCCUCCCCUGGACACUGAAUUCUGCUGACAGCCCCCGCCUAGCCAGAGCUCUGCUGUAUACCGCCGGGAGUGGGGCUGGUGUGGAGCCUGGAGGUCGCCCGCUGCCCUCCUAGGGCUGCUCCAGACAGCAUUAAGACCCUGCAGGUCGCAGGUGAGACUAACAGCUGGGAGAGCUGCUCCAGGCAUUUAGGACCCUGACUGGGGCAAAUGAGUCAGCCCAGUGGGGGCAGGGCUCCUGGAACGAGGAUCUACAGUUGGAGUUGCCCCACUGUCAUGUCACCUGGAGAAAAACUGGACCCAAUUCCUGACAGCUUCAUUCUGCAACCACCAGUCUUCCACCCGGUGGUUCCUUAUGUCACGACGAUUUUUGGAGGCCUGCGUGCAGGCAAGAUGGUCGUGCUGCAAGGAGUGGUCCCUCUAGAUGCACACAGGUUUCAGGUGGACUUCCAGUGUGGAUGCAGCCUGUGUCCCCGGCCAGAUAUCGCCUUCCACUUCAACCCUCGCUUCCAUACCACCAAGCCCCAUGUCAUCUGCAACACCCUGCAUGGUGGACGCUGGCAAAGGGAGGCCCGGUGGCCCCACCUGCCCCUGCGAAGAGGCUCCAGCUUCCUCAUCCUCUUUCUCUUCGGGAAUGAGGAAGUGAAGGUGAGUGUGAAUGGACAGCACUUUCUCCACUUCCGCUACCGGCUCCCACUGUCUCAUGUGGACACGCUGGGUAUAUUUGGUGACAUCCUGGUAGAGGCUGUUGGAUUCCUGAACAUCAAUCCAUUUGUGGAGGGCAGCAGAGAGUACCCAGCUGGACAUCCUUUCCUGCUGAUGAGCCCCAGGCUGGAGGUGCCCUGCUCACAUGCUCUUCCCCAGGGUCUCUCGCCUGGGCAGGUCAUCAUAGUACGGGGACUGGUCUUGCAAGAGCCGAAGCAUUUUACUGUGAGCCUGAGGGACCAGGCUGCCCAUGCUCCUGUGACCCUCAGGGCCUCCUUCGCAGACAGAACUCUGGCCUGGAUCUCCCGCUGGGGGCAGAAGAAACUGAUCUCAGCCCCCUUCCUCUUUUACCCCCAGAGAUUCUUUGAGGUGCUGCUCCUGUUCCAGGAGGGAGGGCUGAAGCUGGCACUCAAUGGGCAGGGGCUGGGGGCCACCAGCAUGAACCAGCAGGCCCUGGAGCAGCUGCGGGAGCUCCGGAUCAGUGGAAGUGUCCAGCUCUACUGUGUCCACUCCUGAGGAUGGUUCCAGGGAAAUACCGCCAGAAAACAAGAAGUAGAACAGGGUUUCACCAUGUUAGCCAGGAUGGUCUUGAUCUCCUGACCUCGUGAUCCGCCCACCUCGGCCUCCCAAAGUGCUGGAUUACAGGCGUGAGACACCAUGCCCAGCCGGACUUGUAUGUUAAUUGCAGCACUAUUCACAAUAGCAAAGACAUGGAAUCAACCUAGGUGCCUGUCAACAGAGGAUUGGAUGAAGAAAAUGUGGUGCAUAUACACCAUGGAAUACUACACAGUCAUAAAAAAGAAUGAAACUAUGUCGUUUGCAGCAACAUAGAUGCAGCUGGAGGCCAUUAUCCUUAGUGAAUUAACAGAAGAACAGAAAACCAAAUACCAUAUAUUCUCACUUAUAAGUAGGAGCUAAACAUUGGGUGGUCACGGACAAAGAGAUGGCAAUAGACUCUGGGGACUACUAGACUGGAGGGAGAAAAGAAGGAAGGAAUGGGAGAAAGGUUUGAAAAACCAUUGGGUAUUAUGCUCACUACCUGAGUGAUGGGAUAAUUCACACCCCAGACCUCAGCUUUACACAAUAUACAAACCUGCACAGGUACUCUCUGAAUCUAAAAUAAAAGUUGAAAUUAUUUUUUAAAAGAAGAUAAACCUCAAUUUCCACAAAUGUUUUAUAGGAUAUUUUUAUUAAAAUGUAUUCUGUGUAUAGAUUUUUAGGGGCACAGAGGAGCUUGCAUCUCUACAUUGCUUCUUCCCAAUCAUGUAUACAGUAUAUCCCUCAAAUUAUUUUGGUCAUCCUUUAUUUCCUUCUGUCACUGGGAAACCAAGUUCUUUCCUUACUUUGUACUGAUAGCCAAGAAAGAAUAUCCAAUUGGAAAAAAAGGCAAGCAGAUUUUAUUGCUGGUCAGGAACGGAGGAGUGAGCUCUUUUUCUAAAGAACCCCUUCCGAAGGUGAUGGAAUCCAGGGAACUUUAAGGAAUUAGAUGUGGGGCGGGGAGGUAUGUAUGUAAGCAUGUACAGGGAGGAACUCCAGAUGUGCAGUUACAGAUCAUAAACAUGCUUCUUCAUAUGAGGUAUGUUCAGAAAAUGGCAGCAAUUUUCUUCUAGGGGUGGGGAUUUCAUAUGGUUUGGCUGUGUCCCCACCCAAAUCUCAUCUUGAAUUCCCAUGUGUCGUGGGAGGGACCCAGUGGGAGGUAAUUGAAUCAUGGGGGCAAGCCUUUCCCGGGCUGUUCUUGUGAUAAUGAAUAAGUCUCCUGAGAUCUGAUGGUUUUAAAAAGAGGAGUCCCUCCCCUUUUUUAAAAAAAGUUUUUAAACUUCUAUUUGCAUAUUUUUGAAAAUUUUGCAUUCCAAUACUUAAAAUCAUUUGAACAAAAAAAAAAUGGCACUCUGAUUAAACUGUAUUACAGGCUGCAUGACACCUUGGGCCAGCUUGGUUUUACUCUAGAUUUCAUUGUUGUCCCACCCCACUUUUUCCACCCCACUUCUUCCUUCACCAACAUGCACGUUCUUUCCUUUUCUGCCAGCCAGAAAGUCAGAUGGGAGUGGCAGGCUUGGCCUUCAUUGUCAGUAGUUCUUUGGUGUGAAAGGGGCAGCAGAGUCAUUUAAACUUGAUCCAACCUCUAUGCAUCUGACAAAGUUAAACAGCUAAAAUAAGUAAAAUAAGAAAGCAAUGCUUGUGGAAUGUACAGUGCAUAUUGGCAGCACAUGCCUCAUUACGAUUCACCAGCUUGCUUCUCCUGUUCAAUCAUUUCUUUGGAAGGCAGUGGAUUUUUCUCUUGCGCUUCUGUCUUCUUCAAUUUCGACUUAUCUCUUUGCCUCUGCCAUCCAUGUAAGAUGUGACUUGUUCCUCUUUGCCUUCCACCAUGAUUGUGAGGCUUCCCCAGCCAUGUGGAACUAUUAGUCCAAUUAAACCUCUUUAUUUUG